AUGUCUGCGUACAUGGGACCGAGGGCACGCAAGGGAGCGUCGACAGCGCGAUUUGUGAAGGGUGCGCAGGGGACCGCUAAUGGCGGUGGCGCGAACCCGUUCGCGGUCGUCGCGCAGCAGUUGUUGCAGACGCAGCGGGUCGACGAGAUAGACGCCGUGAUGGGGUUUGAACGGUACAGACCGCCGCAGUUCAGUGGCGGGGACGCCUCUGGGCAGGUGCCCGGGCGCGUUGGAUGGCUGGUGAACAUGCACCCCGUGGUCGUGUCGCUGGAGUCCGUUCACGGUUCCUCCAGUGGUAGUGGUGCCGGUGGUAUCGCCGGUGUGGACUUCUACUUUCUAGAUGAGGAAGGUGGUGGGUUCAAGUCCACGCUCACUUAUGAUCCUUACUUCUUUGUGACUGUGACGGACGAUCGAAUGCUCAACGAUGUAGAAGAGUACCUCAAGAAAUUGCUCGAGGGAACGCUAAAGAACAUUGAGGCCCUUCAAAAGGAGGAUCUGUCCCUAGACAACCAUCUGAUAGGGUUGAAGAAACCGCUCAUCAAAUUGUCGUUUGUCAACAACAACCAGCUGUUCGAGGCAAGAAGACUACUUAGACCCAUCCUUCAAGAGAACUCCAAUACCAAGACACAACGGAACAUAUACAGACCCCACGCAGUGGAAAACACAGUGGGAGAUGCUAAAAGAUUCAUUGAUGAAAUUAGAGAAUACGACGUGCCCUACCACGUAAGAGUGUCCAUCGACAGGGACGUCCGUGUUGGGAAAUGGUACAACGUGACGGAUCUCGGGUUCCUCGAGUGCCCUGAGAAAGUCGCGUUCGCGGACCCAGUGGUCCUUGCCUUCGAUAUCGAGACAACGAAGCCACCGCUCAAGUUCCCAGACGCCGCAGUGGACCAGAUCAUGAUGAUCUCGUACAUGAUCGACGGAGACGGGUACCUCAUCACUAACAGGGAGAUCAUUUCAGAGGACAUUGAGGAUUUCGAGUAUACGCCGAAACCGGAGUUCCGCGGCCAGUUCGCCAUCUUCAACGAGCAGGACGAGCUCGCGUUGCUCCAGCGGUUCUUCGAACACAUCAGGGACGUCCGUCCGACGGUCAUCUCGACUUUCAACGGUGACUUCUUCGAUUGGCCCUUCGUCGAGACCAGAGCAAGGAUCCACGGACUCGAUAUGUUCGAAGAGAUCGGGUUUGCGGCAGACUCAGAGGGGGAGUACAAAUCCGCAUACUGUUGCCACAUGGACUGUUUCAGGUGGGUCAAGAGGGAUUCGUACCUCCCACAGGGGUCCCAAGGUCUUAAAGCGGUCACGCAGGCGAAAUUGGGGUACAACCCGAUCGAACUAGACCCAGAACUCAUGACACCGUACGCUUACACGAAACCACAACAGCUAUCGGAGUACUCCGUUUCGGACGCAGUAGCAACGUACUAUCUGUACAUGAAGUACGUCCACCCGUUUAUCUUCUCCCUGUGCAGUAUCAUUCCUCUAAACCCAGACGAAGUGCUCAGGAAGGGGACGGGUACGCUCUGUGAGAUGCUGCUCAUGGUACAGGCGUACAAGAACAAUAUCCUGCUACCGAACAAGCACACGGACCCGAUAGAGAGGUUUUACGAUGGACAUUUACUUGAAUCGGAGACAUACGUCGGAGGGCACGUCGAGUCCCUAGAGGCCGGUGUCUUCAGAAGCGAUUUAAAGAACGAUUUCACAAUUGACCCCACAGCGGUCGAUGAACUGCUCGCGGACUUACCAGCGACUCUAAAAUUCUGCAUUGAGAAGGAGAACAACUGCUCCCUCGACAAAGUGACCAACCUCGAAGAGGUCAAAGAACAAAUCACAAACAGCUUGCUGCAACUCAAGGAAAACAGGAAAACUCACGAAUUGCCUCUCAUCUACCACGUCGACGUCGCAUCCAUGUACCCAAACAUCAUGACGACAAACAGAUUACAACCGGACAGUAUCAAAACGGAGAGGGACUGUGCCAGUUGCGACUUCAAUAGACCGGGCAAGACGUGUGCCCGCAGACUGAAGUGGGCAUGGAGAGGCGAGUUCUUUCCGGCCAAGAUGGACGAGUACAACAUGAUCAAAAGAGCGCUGCAGAACGAGACUUUCCCCAACAAGAAUAAGUUCUCACAGAAGCCGAUCCUGACUUUCGACGAACUGAGCUACGCCGACCAGGUGGCACACAUCAAAAAGAGACUCAGUGAGUACUCCAGGAAAGUCUACCACAGAGUCAAAGUGUCCGAGGUCGUCGAGAGAGAAGCGAUCGUCUGCCAAAGGGAAAACCCAUUUUACGUCAACACGGUGCGUUCGUUCCGUGACAGACGGUACGAAUUCAAGGGACUCGCGAAAACGUGGAAGGGGAAGGCAUCUAAGAUAGAUCCUGCUGAUAAACACGAAAAGGACGAGGCGACCAAAAUGGUUGUGUUGUAUGACUCCUUGCAACUUGCACACAAAGUCAUCUUGAAUUCCUUCUACGGUUACGUCAUGAGGAAAGGUUCUCGUUGGUAUUCGAUGGAAAUGGCAGGGAUAACGUGUCUGACGGGUGCUACUAUCAUCCAAAUGGCAAGAUCCCUUGUAGAGAGAGUCGGAAGACCGUUGGAGCUCGAUACAGACGGUAUUUGGUGUAUUUUGCCCAAAUCUUUCCCGGACAAUUACACUUUCAAGCUUGAAAACGGAAAGAAAUUGUACCUGUCGUACCCGUGCUCCAUGCUGAAUUACAGAGUGCACCAACAGUUUACCAACGAUCAAUACCAAGAACUGGUAGACCCUGAGAAGCUUAAGUACGAGACACACUCUGACAACUCCAUUUUUUUUGAAGUGGACGGGCCUUACAGGGCUAUGAUUUUGCCCACCUCAAAGGAGGAAGGUAAAGGUAUCAAAAAAAGAUACGCCGUGUUCAACGAGGAUGGGUCCCUAGCAGAGUUGAAGGGUUUUGAACUGAAGAGACGUGGUGAAUUACAGUUGAUCAAAAACUUUCAAAGUGAUAUCUUCAAGUUGUUCUUGGAGGGGGAUUCCUUGCAAAAUUGUUAUAAUGCGGUUGCAACGGUGGCCAACAGAUGGCUCGACGUUCUUGAUACGGAGGGGAAAAUGCUGGAGGACGAAGAUUUGAUUGAACUUAUUUGCGAGAAUAGAAGCAUGUCGAAGACUUUAAAGGAGUACGAGGGUCAAAAAUCGACUUCUAUCACCACAGCCAAGCGUCUCGGUGACUUCUUAGGUGAAGAAAUGGUGAAGGACAAAGGUCUACAAUGUAAAUACAUUAUCAGUAGCAGACCGGCAAAUGCGCCAGUCACAGAAAGGGCCAUUCCCGUUGCCAUUUUCUCCGCUGAUAUCGCCAUCAAACGAUCUUUCCUAAGACGUUGGACCGCUGACCCAUCCCUGGAUAACUUUGACAUCCGGACAAUUAUAGACUGGGGAUACUACAAGGAAAGACUGGGUUCCACUAUCCAAAAAAUUAUUACAAUUCCUGCAGCGCUACAGAAUGUCGAGAACCCAGUUCCAAGGGUUGUCCAUCCUGAUUGGUUGAAGAAGAAGAUCAAUACCAUGAACGACAAAUUCAAACAAACCUCUCUAAACAGAUUCUUCACCAAAACUAGCGACAUUCCAGUAGCAGGCAAAAUCCAGGAUAUCGAGGACAUACUUUAUAAAGGUACGGAAGAGCCCCGGCCAAAAAAAUUGAGUGGUAAAGUUUCCAGGAAAAACAGACUUGCAAAGAGGAAGCGUGAUCAAAAGGAAGUUGAAGACUCAUUGACGCUUCCAAAAGAAUGCCCAUCGAUGCAUGAGGAUUAUGUAGGGUGGCUAAAAUAUCAGAAAAUUAAGUGGAAAAUUCAGGCAAGAGACAGAAAGCGCAGAACCCAACUAUUUGGUGAUAAUAAUAGAACUGUUGAUAGAUCGGCAUUGGGUAAUAUGGUAAGGAAGCAAGCAGAAACGUACGCCAAUGCUACGUGGGAAAUUCUGCAAUAUAGAAAGACAAACGAACCCGGGGUAUUAGAAGUUCAUAUUCUCAUCAAUGGUAAAAUCCAGCAAUUGCGAUUCAAGAUACCCAAGACAGUCUACGUUAAGCUCAAGACAAAUGUGGCAUCACUUGGUCCAAUUCAAGAUUGCAUGGUAGAAAAAUCGAACGCCACUCUUCCAAACCACCCGCAAAUCAAUCGCUAUCCUUCUGGGAGUUUGUUCAAAUUAACUCUCCCGGAAUUAGUUUAUCGUGAGGAGCUCGAGAAACGAUCAAGUGUGUUAAACGAUGAUAAUGUACUUGGUAUAUUUGAGGGAGCUGUGGAUAUUACUCAACAUGCAGUUAUGGAGUUAGGCUCUUCUGUCAGGUUCAAUUCAAAUACACUUGGCUCGCUUGGGAAGGGACUUCAGAACGGUUUUGACAUGAAAAGUCUAAACAUGACCGAUAAUGAACGGUAUAUGAGCAGAUUCAAAAGCGAUACCGCUUACUUACUGCACUUUACAACUAACAUUGGAUACGAAUUUUUCAUUCUAUUUAAAUCGUGGAAUGAGGAAAUUGAAAUAUUCACCCUAAAACCGUCGAUACAGGCACAAGGGAUUACUGAACAGAUGAUCACAAAGAUUUACUCAGAUUUAUUUGAGAAGAGAAUGGAUAAACUAAGAGAGUUUUCAAGAUUUAUCGAUUUCAAAGAAACGGUGGCAUUUAAUCUACACAGUUUCACAGAUCUGAACAAAUUGACGAGACACUUAACUGUGUCCAUUGGUAAGAUGAAAGAGGAAAAAGGCCAACAAUUCUUAAUGCUUUUGAAGUCUCCUUCUAACAAGAAGUUAACUAGCAAAAUAAAAAAUCUGCGGACCCUACCAGUGCUCGAGCUUGCUACAACACCACUAACGCUGCCUCAACUCAACUGGCAAUCCAAUCUUUGUUCUAAAAUCAUCAACCAAAUAUUUUCAUGCAGCUCAUGGGUGGCCCAUAUGGUCAAAGUUGCUCGUUAUAGCAAUAUUCCGGUCUGUAACCUGCAGCUGGAUAACAUGGGCUAUGUUAUCGAUGUUUUGUACGCCAGAAAGCUAAGACACGAAAAUAUAGUAUUGUGGUGGAAUGAGAAUGGCCCGCUUCCGGAUUUGGCUGGUAUUGAAAAGGAGUACGACCCGAAUAUUUCAGGAAUCAUGCAAGAGCUUUCUUUCCCAGAUGUCAAUACCCCUGACAUUUACGAUAAAACUGUGCUUGAAAUUCAGAUCCGUAAUUUGACGAUCAAUACCGUUCUGGCAUCCACUUUGAUUAAUGAAGCUGAAGGAAGCGACCUCACAAAUGUUGAGUCGAGCGCUAUGAACUCAGCUAGCUCUGAGAAGAACUCUGUUUUUGUUGAAGAUGCUUUUAACGCCGAAUCUUUAACCGUUUUGAAAAACUUAUUGAAAGACUGGUGGGAAGAGGCCUUGAAUGAAGAUUUUACGGCUGAUCUUUUAGUGAAUGCAUUCAUAAGCUGGGUUCAGAAUCCAGAAUCAUGUUUAUUCGACAUUCUCCUGAGGUAUCAUGUGCACAAUUUGACCAGAAAGUCACUGCUGCAAUUACUCAACGAAUUCAAUAGCUUGGGGUCCACAGUAAUUUUUGCAGAUCGAAACAAACUAAUGGUCAAAACGAAUAAGUUUGUACCUGAAAACUGUUACGCUUAUAGUGAGUACAUGGUGAAGGCGGUGAAGGUGAACCCAUUAUUCAAGUACAUUGAUCUGAGGAUUGAAAAAUAUUGGGAUGUGCUGAUAUGGAUGGACAAAUUUAACUUCGGUGGUUUGGCGUGUUCAACUAUACAAGACAAAGAUGAACAGGAUUAUGAUGCCUAUUCCGUAUGGCAAAUAAAGAACACGCUGCCCCCCAUUUUCCAAACAGAGUUUGAUGACUGGAUGGCUAUUAUUUUGGAUAGCAUGACGAAAACCAAACGAACUUACUUUGAAAAGAACAUGGGUACUCAAAGGGCCACACAGAUCAUACAGACAAAGAAGUCAUCAGAUGGCGGUGAUGAAGAAGUAAACUCGUUGAGUAACUUCACUGAACUGUUCGCCAAACCGCUGAUAAAAAGAGUCAAAAAACUAUAUCGGAAUCAGCAGGAGUUUAUUUUGGAUCCUCAGUACUUGGAGGACUAUAAAUUUCCAGAGUUACCUGGGUUAUAUUUGCCACUUAAAAACCCCUUAUUGGAACUGGUCAAGGACUUAUGUCAGGUAAUGUCUCUUUCCAAGAUUACGUUGUUGGAGGUAAGGGCCCUGCGGAAAGAGUUAUUGAAGCUUUUUGAAAUUCGUGAAUUUGCCAAAGAAGCAGAGUUCAGCAAUCCGUGUAAGAACUUGAUAAUAAACGAGGUUACCUGUAGAUAUUGCUUCCACGCGACUUCCAUUGAUUUCUGCAGGAUGGAUUCAUCCGGCGACUUUAGUUGCAUGAAUUGUCAUAAGGACUUUGAUAGAGACUUGUUACAAGAGUUUUUGAUUCAAAAGUUAUGUUCUGAGAGUGACAAUUUUGUCUCUCAGGACUUGCACUGUUCCAAAUGCCACAAGAUCAAGAUGGAUUAUAUGAGUACCCAUUGUACCUGCUCUGGUAAAUGGGUAAACUCUGCCAAAACGCUGGAUCUUGAAAACCAAGUGGUAAUUUACAGACAGGUCGCUGACUAUUUCAAAUUUGAUCUGUUGAAAGAUACCAUUCAAGAGCUGCACCAGCAUUAA